AUGAGGAAACGCAACGAGUCGGUCACGGUGGAGCAUGAGCGCGCCGCCGCUGCCGCCGCGCCCGCGCCCCUCGACAAGGGCUGCAGCCUGAGGCACAGCCUGCGCCUGCCCGCCGCCUCCGCCGACUCGGGUAUGAAGCGACCGCUAGGCAGGCGAUCUGGAUUAUGGUUUCGGUUGCGGAAGUUAAUCAUCUGGUUGCUGGGAGUGUACAUAGCUGUUCCAUUUCUAGUCAGAAUUUGCCCUGCUAUUCAGGCAAAGCUGGUCUUCCUAAACUUUGUGAGGGUCCCAUAUUUCAUUGACUUGAAAAGACCACAGGAUCAAGGUUUAAACCACACUUGUAAUUAUUAUCUGCAGCCAGAGGAGGAUGUAACCAUAGGAGUCUGGCACACAGUCCCUGCAGCCUUAUGGAAGAAUGCCCGAGGAAAGGACCAGUUGUGGUUUGAAGAUGCUCUGGGUUCCAGCUAUCCUGUAAUCCUUUACUUGCAUGGCAAUGCAGGAACAAGAGGAGGAGAUCACCGUGUGGAGCUUUACAAGGUUCUCAGCUCCCUUGGAUACCAUGUGGUCACCUUUGAUUACCGAGGCUGGGGUGAUUCAAUAGGUAGCCCAUCAGAGAGGGGCAUGACCUACGACGCCCUUCAUGUCUUUGACUGGAUAAAAGCAAGAAGUGGAGACAACCCUGUCUACAUCUGGGGACACUCCUUGGGCACAGGGGUCGCAACAAACCUCGUGAGACGCCUCUGUGAGAGAGAAACCCCCCCGGAUGCCUUGAUUCUGGAAUCUCCGUUCACCAACAUAAGGGAGGCAGCACGGAGUCAUCCCUUCUCUGUGAUAUACAGAUACUUCCCUGGCUUUGACUGGUUCUUCCUCGACCCCAUCACCACAAGUGGAAUUAAAUUUGCAAACGAUGAGAAUGUGAAAUACAUUUCCUGCUCCCUUCUCAUCCUUCAUGCUGAGGAUGACCCAGUGGUACCGUUUCACCUUGGAAAGAAGCUGUACAACGUCGCUGUGACAUCCCGGAGCUUCCGAGACUACAAGGUGCAGUUUGUUCCCUUCCACACAGACCUCGGCUACCGGCACAAGUACAUCUACAGGAGUCCAGAGCUACCUCGAAUACUGCGGGAAUUCCUGGGAAAAUCUGAACAUGAGCAUCAGCAAUGA